CAAUUUGCCAAAAGCAGAUUUUGCUGCUGGCACAAACUUAAGGAAAGUCAGGGGCGUGCAAAAGCUUGGAAAACCAGGGCUGGAGAUGAGGGCGUUUGAGGUUGUGACUCUCCUGGGUCUUGCCUGUGGUGUUUUUGCGGCCUCCCCCUUUUCCAAAGUGAAAAGUUGGAACACAAUUACCCUGCUUCAGCACUGGCCCCAGUCAUUCUGUGAUAUGGAGCACUGCAAACUAAAACAAGUCAACUACUGGACUCUACAUGGACUGUGGCCAGACGGUGUGAUAUCGUGCAAUAGUUCAUGGUUUCUCAACAUGAAAGAAAUCAAGGACUUAGUUCCAGAUUUGGAGAAAUUUUGGCCAAAUCUCCUCAGUCCCUCUCAUUCCGAGCAGAUUUGGAGGCACGAGUGGACUAAAUAUGGAACGUGUGCCGCCAGUCUUCCGGCCCUCAACACCACGCACAAGUACUUCGCCAAAACUCUGGAGCUCCGCAAAAAGUUUGACAUUGGAGGAGCCCUGCAGAAUGCUGGCAUUGUACCUACCAACAAACCUUAUCAGCUGAAAAAAAUCGAAGGUGCCAUCAAGGAUGCGUACGGUGUAAAGCCCAGGCUUCAGUGUGAUCAUGACCAGGCCUCCAAGGGUAAUGAAGUGCACCAGAAGCUGGUCCAGAUACAGAUCUGCAUGACCAAGGAGUUCAAGCCAAUCAACUGUGAGAUGUCCAUGGAGGACCUCUGGAACGAGGUGAACGUGAUGCUCCCAUUCAAGUUCUACAGACCACAGGGGUUCACUAUUUGUGACCCGUCCAACCUAGCCCUAUAUCCGCAAGUCAAGGGGGACAACAACAUGUAGUGUAUGUCUUUUUAUCUAUGUUUAAUUUGUGUCUAAUGAGCUGCUGUGGUGACAAUUGUCAUACAUAAGAUCCUCUUCAUCAUUGAACUGAGGAUUUAAGUCCCUGGUGCAUCCCACAGUCCGCCAGACUAAGCAAACCAGCCUGAUUUCUAGCGUAGGCAUGUGGUGAUCUGUAUCACAAUCAAAUUUUCUUUCCUGCCUUUUUUAGCCUUUUUUCCCUCUGUAUGUGAAUCUCAUUGAAUCGCAAUAGGCAGCUUAACUCUGGAAUAGAGG